AUGGCUCAACGACCCGCCCCGCUCGAGCAGCUCCGCACGACGUGCGAGACGCUCCGCGACGAGCUGACGACGCUCUACGAGCAGCGCAGCAGCCGGCCGUUCGACGACAAGUCGACGAGUCAGCGUCGAUGGCGCGUCGUGCUGCUGCUCAGUGCGAUGAAGUCCGGACUGCGCGACACGUUCUUGGCGGCCGACGCGCGGCGCACGUGUGUCCAGGAGCAAAAGGACGUGGCCGAGGCGCACCAGCUGCAGCUGCAGAACUUGUUGUACGAGAAGGACCACUUGGUGCGCGAGAUUGAGCGCUGUCGGGGGUUUUCCGCCAAGGAGAUGGACAAGAUUGAGUUUGUCGAUGGCAACGUGCCGAUCACGGCCGAUGGAGACGCGCACCGCCAGCACUUGGCGCAGCUGACGCAGGAGCUCCAUCGACGAAAGAGUCUCCAGGUCGAGCUGAAGCAGCUGAAGCUUCAGGUUGUUGAUGUACAAAACAAGACCAAGACAAAACGCGCGUUCCUCGACUCGUUACCGGAUCAGUUGGCACAAAUUGAAGCCGCAACAAUGGGGUUACAAAAGGUUAUGGGACAACCAGUGACGGCGCAGCGCAAACGACGUGAGGCGGCCGAAAUGGAGCUGGCAACGCCGUUGUAUGCGCUGUAUUGCGAGCUAGAAGCCUACCAAAUUGCUAGCGGAGAUGCUGGUGAGUCGCUGAGACUGGACAUUGUCGACGCGUGUGGUGUGAAGAUGGACCAGGGACCGUUUCGCAAACGCGAGUUCCCUCUUGCGUUUGACCGUCAGGAUCGUUCGGUAGUUGCGGGGUCAAAGAGACACAAGACAGUGUCACGCUCACCAUCUGCUGGUGCUAGUAGAGCUGUCUCGCCGGCAGCUGACAAUUGUGCCCCGUCUCGCUCGCCAUCGAUCAAGCGCGGAGCGGAAGCUGCUCAGGAGCCGGAGAAAGGAGAGAUCGUGGUGGCUUUGCACACUGCUGAAAAGCUACUGGAGUUGCGUCCUCACGCGUCGCCGAUAGAAGACGAGGAGAUGAAGGAAGUCGAUGUCGAGCCAAAGCACUCGGGCUUGGCACUGGAUGGUAUUGCCGAUGUAUCUCCAUCUGCAGAAAAUCUAUGGAUGCCGCAUGCGAAAGCUCUACAGCUGACAGUAGCCGUUCGGGUUCCUGUGGAUAACGACAAGAGCAACGACGCAGCCAAGCACGUGACACGCUCUUUCACUGUGAUGUUCCAGUACUUUCCAGUGGCCAGGAUUGUCACGGCCGGGGUCGUAAAAACCUCGGCCAGUGCUAGUUCUGAUUCAGGCGGCCACCAGCACAGCAUCCUGAUGAAUUUGUUUCCGGGCGACGAUGGCCUGACUGUACCCCAGUUGGCUGUGAACUAUGCCUUCAGAGAUGGCAGCGACAAGCGAGCUGAAGUGGCGUUUCCGGUCACUGCUACCUGUCGGCCGUACUUCUGGGCACAAUGGAUCUGCGGUCUGAACCCGACGAAGCGUCCGGACCAGUCUAUAUCGGACAACGACGCCGGAAUGGAGAAGCGUCGUCGCCGACCAGAGCCGUCGAUACGUAAUGUCAUGGAGCAGCUUUCCAAACGCUUUGUGGCCACGGCGGUGCUAAAGAAACACUUGAACGUGCUUGCUAAGUGCACCGGCCGUCCAAUCUCAUCCGUCGACGAUGGUGCUCGAUUUGUGCACCCGCUUGCGCGUCAGCUCUUCCCGUGCGAAGUCAAGACGCACUUGGAGGAGUGGAAAGAAGUGCCUGCGCCAGUACGAGACGUGUUCCUGCAUUUUGGAGACAGUGCUGCUUCGUCCUCGCGUCCGCACGCGCGGUUUCAUCUCUCGACGACAGGCUGCCGAUACUUUCGCGCUUGCUUCAAGAAUGGUGGAACAAAGGUAUCGGCAAUGGUGGAGAUCUCGCCCGAGUACCCCGUGCGUGCCCCUCGCUUCAUCUUCCAGCCACGUUCAUCGACGAGCAGCAAAGCAGUUGACAAGGACCAGCUUCCCGUGUACGAGAACCGCCUGAAGGACAUUGAGAUUGAGGUGAACGCGUACUAUGACGAAUUGAUCCCUCAGGGCAGCGAGCACUUUCUCGUUCUUCACCAGCUGCGGAAGAUCGAGCAGUGCUUUGACGUGUUGUGCAGCGCAGCAGCUGAUGGUGGCGCCGACGCUUCGUUGUCUUUCGUGCGCGAGCGCCGUGGCAAAGACCGUCGUCAAGCCAUCGUAAUGGACGCUGCAGCAAAAGAGCUGCGUCAAAGAUAG